AUGGUCAACAGCAUGAAGUGCUGGACACCUCUACUCAUGAUGUUCCUCUGUAUGGUACUACUGUCUGUGCUGGGAGGAAUGAAGGAAAAACAUAACCGCAGGGGGGAAUUGUUACUUCAGGAGUGCUGGGGACAGCCAACAGUCCAAGAAUGUGCCAAGAAGUGUUCUAGAACCUUUAGAUGUGUGGAAAUAAAUCACACAUGCUGCUGGACGUACUGUGGAAACAUCUGCUGGGAAAACACGGCUGGACUUGACAUUUUGGAGACCCAGAUCAUGGCAGAAUCUGCAUUUGCUUCUUCCCUUGCCUCCAAAAAUUUCAAGGAAGCACUGGACUUGAGCAUAACACCACCUCCCUUCCUCCAGCAGGGCCUGCCCACCUGA